AUCGCUCCUUCUUAUAUGUUAAAAAAAAUCAGAUAUAGUUUAAAAACAUUCACACCUCUCUUAAGAAGCGAAUUGUCAGAACAGUGCAAAAAACUGGGAAAAUUCCGUCACUAUCUAUUAGGAUUUCAAAUUGUUUGCACUUUGCUUGAUAUUCAAUUUAACUUUCUCACUAAACCAAUACUUUUGAAUCCACUACUGGCAUUUAUUUCAGUUGGAGCUUUAUCAACUUAUUUCGAUAUUCCCACCCAUUACUGUGUGAUUGUUUGUGCUUUCCUUGCCCUUGUACAGUUAGAAUUCCUUGUGUUGUGCUUUCAGAAGAAGCAUCAAUCGAUUUCUGAAACACUGAAGUAUCACAUGCUCCCCGGUCCAUUAAGAUACUUUGGCUAUACAUUAUGUUUUAUUGCUCCAAGCACUCUCUGUGCAAUAAUACAAUCCUUCCACAUUUCGGAAAAAGAGCAAUUCGAUUAUAUAACUUAUCCAGAAUUGUUAUCUGGAUUUAUGAGGUUAUCUCAUUUUGUGCUUUACAUAAAACCGCCAUAUAUGAAUUGGAUUUUUGCAUUUUUAAUGUUAGGAGCAGCCACACUAACAACUAUGUUUUUAUUAUUCAUUACUGACAUUCUUCGGAUGAUGUCUUUAGUGAAACUCAGAUUAUCCUCAGUUACUUAUCAAAAGCACCAAGAAGCCGUCCAAAGCUUGGUGGUUCAACUCAUCACAUCCACAUGCUGCUUAUGUCCUCCAUGUCUUUUAGUGGCAACUGUAUAUCUGGAAGUUGACAAUGGGCAAAAAGUAUCCAAUAUUUUGAUUGCCUGGUUCACCAGCCAUACCUCAGUAAAUAUGAUGUCUCUAUGUUUUUUCUUCCCACCAUACCGGAAGUUUUUUGUACAGCAAACUGAAACCGAAGACGAAUUGCUGCCACAGCAUCUUCAGUAA